GAACGGUUUGAAGUUCAAAUUCGUUUGAAUUUCAAUUCAGUCGGUCGUAAUUCGUUUGUUACAUUGUUAUCCAGAGUUUGUGAAGUUUUACUGUCUUAUAAUGUGUAUUAAAAAUAAGUGAAUUGUGUGGAACGUGUGCAGUUAUAUAGCCUACGAAAUAUGUAUUUCGAAAUUGAGAAUACUCCCGAGCACAUUAGGAGGGCUCGACGGGCAGAUUAUAAGACUGAAGAGUCGCCGAAAGAGGAAUGUCCCCGUUUGAUCUUGGCUCCAUUUUCUAGACCUCCACAAGUAGUAUUCGACAAUGUCCUCAUUGGGGCGUCAUGUGAAAGAAACCUGGAGGUGUUUAACCCUUCGAAGCAAGUGCAACAGAUAACACUGGGGAAGUCCCUGCCGCCUGGCCUCGUUAUAGAGUUACCUGGAGAAUGGCUGGUCCUAGAGCCCCAGACUUGUUACUGCAUAACCAUGAUGUGGACCCCAGUGCAGCCAACUGCAACCCGAGAAACUAUACGCUUCACUAAUGAGAAUAGAGGCAGAUAUGAUGUUAUUCUUGUCCUCAAGUCUGUUAUGAACAUCAAAGGCAAAGGCUUACAACCAAAGGGCUUCAAGAUAUCUCCAGGUAAAAUAAAGAAAAAGGUCUCUAAAAAGUCACCAGUAGCCCUGUACAAAAAAAAGUCAGAAAUUAUAUACAAUACUACACAAAUCAAAAAAACUUACAAUGUUAUGCAGACUCAACAGAAAUUUUCGCAAGUGUAUAACAAGGAGAAUAUUUCUAUAAAUGACUACUCUAUUGAUUCCCGACCAGACAAGUGUCCUUUUGAUUCACUCACAAGUGUUGACUUUAACUUUGACACUUCCGAAGUUUUCUCUACAAUGAGAAAGCCAGAUAUUCUACAACAGACAUAUGACAAGUCUUUUGCAGACAGCAGCAAGUUAAGCAUUCCUCACAAUGUGUUAAAACCAAGUAAUAAGCAAAUAUAUGAUGUCUCAGCUACUGAGUUAUUUGACAAUCUCACCUUCACGCCUCUGAAGACAUUGCCAUCUAAAGCUGAUAAACUAGACAAGGGACCUAAAAUAAUCCUUAGCAUGAACUCUGAUAGUGAGCUGGAUGAUAGUUUAGAUAAUAAAAACUUUAACAAAGAGAACCAGACUUGCUCUAUAAUAAGUGUGACAUCUAAUCAACCACCUAAUAAGUGGUUGACAGUCAAUCACGCACAAAUUGACAGCCAUAUGGAGACGCCAACCGUUCCCAACAAGAAACAUCCAAACACUUCAUCCCCUAAGGAACUCAACAGUCCCAAUUUCUCGAUCAACACAGAAUUCUCGCGUAUCAGCGACCUAUCAUUCUUCCCUCAAAGAUUUUCAACUGAAAGAAAAACAUUCCCAAAAUUAAACAAUGACACUCACGAAAUGUUUGAUGAUCAUGUACACAUUAAACCAAGCUCCGACACUUUUACGAAGGAAUCGCCAAAUACACCGAUGGAACAUAACUUUAAUCAUUACGAAAUGAAGCCGCCACAUUUCUUUAUGAAAGAUCAACCUAAAAUGUGCAGGCAGGCUUUGUUCAGAGAAUACCAGCAUCAAAAAGAAGCAUACGAUCAACGAACGUAUGGGAAUCAAAUUGACCAUAAUGUUUGGCAAAAUGAUUUGCGUGUAGACACAAGGUCCCCUCCCAGAUCUAUUACUCCGCCUUUACAAUCGAUACCUGAAGAGAGUGCCCAUUUUUCCGACACCCAAGUACUUGACAAGACUGAUAAACAAAUGUCCACAUUUACUAUAAACCGCACAUUUGACAAGCCGGCUGAUAGAUUCUCCUCCAAUGCUUCAAUUAGCAACAUUCAAUCCUGGUCUAAAAAGGCUGUCCGAGCCGAACCGGACUUGUGGAAAAUACCUAUAAGCCAUGUGAAGAAAGCUAAGAAUAGACCAUCAAUCAAAGCUAAGGAAUCAUUAUCUGGCAAAAUAUCGAACACUACAUUUGAGACAAAUAAGAGUAUUAUCCAAAACAUGUCUGUUAAUCAGAUAGGUAAUGUCUACUCUCAGUCUUCUACUGUGGAUCCAUUCUUGUCUUCGACGUAUUUCUACGACGAGGAAGCUGUAGAAAAAUUCGAAAAGGAGUUUAAGAGAUGGCUUAACUGUAUUCUGACUCCGCCUGCGGACCUCGAUAGUAAUACCGAACAGAAGGUAGACGUCGGUAAGGCGUGGAUUGAAAACAGGAAUAAAGAAGUACCGGCUGCACCGACGAAAGAACAAGUAUCCAACGCGUACCACAACAGCCACCGCUUGGAGAGUCUGCGUAGGUCCGCGAGGGCUUUACUCAUGAGCCCUGAAAUGGUAGCUGUCUUCCAGAAACUAACCGCGCAGAUAGAAAAAAAGCUUAUAGCUAUAAGAACUGAUCGUAAUCUUCACUUAGAUGUCGGAUUACAGAAAGCAAUCAUGGAAUUGUUAUUGUCGUACAAUCCGUUAUGGCUACGAAUCGGUCUAGAAGCGAUAUACGGGUGUGUCCUGCCACUCAAAUCUAACAGCGACAUUGAAGGACUCACAACCUUCAUUAUCCAUAGAAUGUUUAAGAAUCCUUUCCUAAAGAAUAAACACUCAAAAGCGAAUGCUCCAAACAUGUUGCUACCAGCUUACAUGGAGGCGAUCAAAAAGUUUACUCUGAAGAAGUUUUUCAUUCUUGUUUUCUUUUUGGAUCAAGCCAAACAACGAAAACUCAUAUCUCACGAUCCUUGCCUCUUCUGUAGAAACGCAGUGUGUAAAGAGAGCAGGGAAAUAAUAAUAAGAUUUACGAGGGAGUUAAUUGCUGGAAUUGGUGAUAUCACGAAACAUUUGAGGCCGCUCGGUUACGUUGUGAGCCACAAGCAAUCUUAUUUAGACGAAUACAAAUACGCAGUUCACAACAUAGCUGUAGACAUUCGAGAUGGAGUUCGAUUGACUAAAGUCAUGGAAAUCAUUCUAAUGAAGGAUGGCUUACUGAAACAGCUCCGUACGCCAGCGAUAUCUCGCUUACAGAAGAUUCAUAAUGUUCAAGUCGCGCUGACUGCUCUGAAGGAGUCUAGCUUUGUGAUAGCAGGUGAAAUCACUUCGAACGAUAUCGCUGACGGACAUAGAGAGAAGACUCUGUCGCUACUAUGGCAGAUCAUUCACGUGUUCCGCGCUCCUCUGUUUGAGAAGGCUGCUAACGUUAUACAAAUGUGGUGGCGUAAGAAGUAUGAAGUUAUUGUUGAAAAGAGGAAGGAAGCAGAGCGAAUACUGCAGCAGCAGAACGACGCAGCGAGUGUGAUCCAAUGUUGGUGGCGCCGUAUUACAUACAACCGCCUGGUCGAAUGGAAGAUGCAACAAGUAACAACUGCAACCAUCAUUGUACAAAAGUAUUGUCGUAUGUGGCUUGCUCGCAGUCGCUUACUUAAAUAUAAGCGAAGCGUUAUAAAGAUCGAAGAAUGGUACAGCUCAGUCCGAAAGAUGAAAGAGGCAAAAUACAUUCUCGAAACACUAAAAUUAGAGCGAGAGGAAUUGAGACGUAAAGCGGCAAUUCAUAUUCAGUGUCAAGUAAGAAGAUGGAUAUGUGUAACACGAUAUACAAAAACAUUACGGCAGAUUGUAUUAGUCCAGAGCUUGGUUCGUAGAUUCCUUGUUAGGAAGCAAUAUAUUCAAUACAAAAAUGCAGUUAUAUGCAUCCAACAGAGAUAUAGAAGUAAAAUGUUAAUGAAAAAAGAAAUGCAAGAAUUUAAUACUAAAAAAUCAAGCGCUACUCUCAUACAGAGUUAUUACCGUAUGUUUAAACAGCGAAGGUAUUUCUUACAACUCAAAAACGCUGUCAAAAUAUUCGAAGAACGCUACAGAGCUUUACUUGAAGCAAGACAUCAACGUAAGAACUAUUUACAACUUAGGCAAACGGUUGUUAGAAUUCAAUCAUUGUCCAGAAGCAAGAAAUGUCGAGAAAACUAUUUGAGACAGAGGAGCUUAAUUAUUUCACUCCAGAGGAAGAUCAGAGCACACCAAUUGAUGAAGAGAGAGAAAGAAAACUUUGUAACAAUUAAAAACGCAGUAAUAGUUCUACAAACCUACGUAAGAUCUUAUUUGAUAAUGAAGAAACAGAGAGAUAGUUACAAAAGGCUGCGUCAAUCCGUCAGCACUAUUCAACAGUACUUCCGAUCCUAUUUACUGGCGAAAUCACAAAGAAAAUCUUAUAUACAGCAAAGAAAUGCUGCAAUCGUUCUUCAAAACGCGUACAGAAACUUAAUUUUGAUGCGUAAACAGAAAUCAGAAUACUUACAACUUAGGAAAGCGAUACUUGUCGUUCAGAGAAGGUAUAAAGCUCAAAUCAUGAUGAGAAAACAACGAAACGAGUAUAUGGAACUCCGGAAAGCAACGAUUGCUAUACAACGUAGAUACAGAGCUCAAAAUGAAAUGCAAUUGACAAGAAACAGUUUCAUCAAAACUAAAACUUCUUGCAUAACCAUUCAACUUGCAUUCCGAGCCUAUGUAUUAGGUAAACAACAGAGACAAGAGUUUCUGAAUAUAAAAAAGGCUGCUUCAAAGAUACAAGAAUGGUUCAGAAGUUGUAAGAAAGGAAAAGAAGUUAAACAGCAGUAUGAACAAUCGAAACAAGCUUGUGUUACUAUCCAGAGAAUAUUCAAAGCAUACAUCUAUGGUAGAAAACAAAGGCAGGAAUACGUACGUAUUAGAACAGCGACAAUCUGUAUUCAGAAGUACUAUAGAUCUUAUACAGAAAUGAAGAUUGUGAGACAACAAUACAUUACGCUUAGGACUUCCACUGUGACCAUCCAGAGAUAUUAUAGAUGUCAUUUAGAAACUAAGAAACAAAGACAUACUUAUCUGCAAAUGAAAAACGCAGCUGUAUGUAUCGCGGAUCAUUACAAACGGUACAAAGAGACUAGAAUGGUCAGAAACAACUACUGUCAGCUACGAGAAGCCACAAUAAACAUACAAAAAAGGUACAGAAGUAUUCUUGCUAUGAGAAGAGAGAGGCAAAAAUACUUGAAAAUGAAAAAUGCCGUUAUAUGUCUACAGCAACAGUUUAGAGCGCUACUAGAAAUGAGGCGGCAAAGACAAGCUUACGAACAGAUGCGAAACGCAGCCAUGACCAUCCAAAACAGAUACCGAGCACAAAAACUUAUGUUAUCUCAAAGACUCGUAUACACCACUACUGUAAAACAUUGUUGUACUAUUCAAAGAUUUUUCAGAGCUUAUCUUGACGGCAAAAAACAAAGACAAGAAUACCUGAAACUAAAACGUUCCGCUAUCGUUUUUCAGAGGAGAUAUAGAGCUUUACUUACCAUGAGACAAACAAGGAAGGCUUACUUAAAUCUCAAGGCUGCAGCCAUCGUCAUUCAAAGCCAAUAUAGAGCUAAUUGUCUCAUGAGACAAGAUCGUGAAGCUUAUGCUCGUCUAAUAAAAGCUACGAUCUGCAUUCAAAGGCAAUUUAUAGCAUUCAAACUUAUGAAAAAACAAAGAAGUGAAUACAAUAACUUAAAAUCAGCUGCAGUAUUAAUUCAAAGACGAUUCCGACUUAUUACUGAGACGAGAAAAAUUCAGAACGACUACCAAAAAUUAAGGGCAGCUGCUAUAAUGAUACAGCGUAGGUAUCGAGCGAAUAAAAUAGCUCGCUCUAUUAAAGAAAAUGAAGCAGCGACAAAAAUACAAAAUUGGUAUAUCGCCUCAAAGAAACGCGACUUUUGCCGACAAGAAUAUUUAAAACUUAGAAAGACAGUAAUAUUUGUACAGUCUAUAGUCCGUAUGCGUGUUGAAUACAAAAGAUACGCGACUAUCAGAAACGCUUCCCUCUGUAUCCAAAGAUUCUAUCGCUCAUACAAGUUAAUGCUGUCAGAAAAGAAGAACUACAUUACCACUAGACAUGCCAUAAUUAAACUGCAAAGCUACUUGCGUGCCUUUAUACAACGCAAGCGAUUCUUGAGACUCCGUUCUGCCGUGGUAACUUUACAAGCUGCAUACAGACUGAAAAAGUUACGAGAAAUAACGAGGUUGCAAAGGAUCGAUGCUGCAAUUUGCAUUCAGAAAUACACAAGAUGUUAUCUUGUAAGAUCACGUUACCUUAAAUAUAUGGAACAAAUCAGAUUUAUACAAAGGAUAUGGAGGGGAAAGUUGCUUACAAGACUAGUCCGUUGCGAGUACUUACAAAAGAGACGAAUUAUUAUCAAUUUCCAAUCCAUUCUUAGGGGAUAUUUAGUGAGGAAGCAAAUGAAGGCGAAGAAAGAAGAGAUUAGAAAGACCAGAGAGGAACAGAGGCGAUACUGGGCUGCAACUAAAAUUCAGGCACUCUGCCGUGGCCACAUAGCCCGAGUAAACAUUUCGCACGAUAUACGUGUGACGGAACUCAGGCGCCGGUGGCGCGAUGGAGGUCUGAAGUCCACUCAGGAGUCCAUGAAGGAUCGCAAUGAAGAAGCUAUGGAAGUCUUAAGAAAUAUUAGCGGCAUAGAGACUGUUAUUAAAGCUUUUAGGUCACUGGAAUUAUUAACGGAAGUAUUCCCGAUGAUGUACAACGACAAUGCUUCGGCCAUUGUCCAUCGUGUGUACACGUAUAUGUCGGUGACGAACAGAUCCAUCUCUAGCAUAGAAGUGCUGAAAUCUGCCGCCGCCGUUCUUGUUAACCUUACUAGGUACAGGGUUACGGGACCUAAGAUAUACUUGAGAGAUCGCAUACCGCCGAUAUUGAAAUUCAUGUGGAGGUUCAGUAACAGUGAGACCCAACUAUUCUGCAUUAUGGCCACCUACGUGUGGCUAUUUUCUAAAUACGAAAAUGUGAAAAAGGAUCUUACGGAGUUGCUGAAUCAGCCAGAAAACCACAGAAUGUUAGUGACAAUUAAGAACAAUGUAGACAGAACUAAGAGGAUGACAACAAACAGUGUUAGAAGCAAGUUCAACACGCCACAGCCAUCCAAAUUCAUCUCACAUACAAACAACCAAUCACUUAACAUGAGUUUGUGUAGUACUGGCAACAGCAUAGUGCUGCCAGCAUUAGAACCCGACUAUGGUAUUGCCAGGGUUGAUAAACCUCGUUACUUCGAGGAUGCCCAACAAGCUAUAAACUGCCUUUUCCAUACAUAUAAGUUGUGAUAAUUUUUGUAUUGUGUGUUAUAUUUAAUUAAGAUAAUUUAAUAUAUUUCAUGUAAUGUAACUUAAUUUUUAAUAAUGUCAUUCAUUUCAUACAUCCUUUUACUAAGGACUGGAUUCCAUAGAAAUCAUGUUUCAAUUUUUAAUACAUUUUAAAGACAGUUUAUGCUGGUGGUUUUUAACAUGUUCAUACUAAAUUACUUUUCUUGAUAUCGAAUUAGCAGAUGUCUACUAAUAUUGCUAUGUUCGUAAUAUGGUAGACAAGACUUGAUUUUAUUUGUUAUUAUAAGGCAUUCUACUAAUUUUAAAGAUUAAUAUUAGCGUUAAUGUGCUUCCAUAGACACACGUUUAUUUAAAUACGCAUACGCCGAAAAACAACAUAUUAACCGUUUUCUUUUAAAUUAAUUUUAACUGUUUGAUUGUGUUUGUGUGAAAAUGGACUGUUAUGAAUUAAUUGUAAUUGAUUUUCAUGUUUAUCUUAUAUUUAUAACGUAAUGUUAACGAAUUAGUUCAUGAUUAAUGGACUGUCAUUAAAUAAUUUAACGUUA